GGGUCCGGCGUGCGGUCAUGGGAGGGGUGGCGGGCGCCGCUCCGCGGGGAGGCGGCGGGGUCCGGGUGCUUGCCGGGAUCCUGCAGCUCCUCGUGUCUCUGCUGGGACUGGAGGCCCGGGCCAGGAACGACUUCGGUCUGGUUCAGCCGCUAGUGACCAUGGAGCAGCUGCUGUGGGUGAGCGGAAGGCGCAUCGGCUCCGUGGACACCUUCCGCAUCCCGCUCAUCACUGCCACGCCUCGGGGUACCCUCCUCGCCUUCGCCGAGGCCAGAAAGAUGUCAGCAUCUGACCAGGGCGCCAAGUUCAUCGCUCUGCGGAGGUCCACAGACCAGGGUAGCACAUGGUCUCCCACAGCCUUCAUCGUAGAUGACGGACAGGCUCCCGACGGGCUGAACCUGGGGGCGGUGGUGAAUGAUGUGGAGACAGGAGUGGUGUUCCUUCUCUACACCCUCUGUGCCCACAAGGUCCACUGCGAUGUGGCCUCCACCAUGUUGGUGUGGAGCAAGGAUGAUGGCGUUUCUUGGAGCCCACCCCGGAAUCUCUCUGUGGAUAUUGGCACCGAGAUGUUUGCCCCUGGACCAGGCUCUGGCAUUCAGAAACAGCGGGAGCCACGGAAGGGCCGGCUCAUCAUCUGUGGCCAUGGGACGCUGGAGCGGGAUGGAGUCUUCUGUCUCCUCAGUGACGACCAUGGUGCCUCCUGGCACUACGGGACUGGAGUCAGCGGCAUUCCCUUUGGCCAGCCCAAGCAGGAGCACGACUUCAACCCUGAUGAGUGCCAGCCCUACGAGCUUCCCGAUGGCUCAGUCGUCAUCAAUGCCCGGAACCAGAACAACUACCACUGCCACUGUCGCAUCGUCCUGCGCAGCUACGACGCCUGUGACACGCUGAGGCCCCGGGACGUGACGUUCGACCCUGAGCUCAUUGACCCUGUGGUGGCCGCAGGAGCUGUGGCCACCAACACUGGCAUCAUCUUCUUCUCCAACCCGGCCCACCCUGAGAAUCGAGUGAACCUGACCCUGCGCUGGAGCUUCAGCAACGGGACCUCCUGGCAAAAAGAGAAAGUCCAGUUGUGGCCAGGGCCCAGCGGCUACUCGUCCUUGGCAACUCUGGAGAACAGUGCGGAUGGGCAGGAGCAGCCCCCCCAGCUCUAUGUCCUGUAUGAGAAAGGCGUGAACCAGUACACAGAGAGUAUCUCCAUAGCCAAAGUCAGCGUCUACGGCACUCUCUGAGCCAGGCCCCACCCACCCCAGGGCAGCAGGUCUUGGACUCUGCCAGAAGGACCAUCACCGUAGAGGGGCAGCCGAGGGGGCUCUGGGCUCGAACCUUGUGCUAAAGCAAUUCUUGGACAAGGAGCUGCACUCUGUUAGGACUAAAACACACACACAAAAAGCCCAGCUUCCUCUCCCAUGCAGCAAGGCCUUCCCCCACUUGGAAGCACUUCCUUUUGAGGAAGCCUGGCGUGGCCCCUAUCUUUCUGCCCUCCCAGGACACUGGCUGCUCUUCUCCAGCAAGGUUAGGUGGUCCUGGACAGUUAAGUGGGUGUGAGCUCAGGGACCUGGGGAAGGCCACAUGUCCUAGUGGGGGUUGGAGGUAGGAGCCAAAUGUGAAGGUCGGUGACAGUCCUGAGAGCAGAACUGUCAUUUCUGAGUAAGGGAUUAGGUGCACACCCUCCCCUUGACUAUUUAUGAAUCAAAAUAUUUGUAACUUAAAAUUUUUAAUGAAGAACAGGCAAUCAUA